AUGCGUUUUCUUGGCCCCUGGAUAUUGUUGAAGGGACUUCUAUUAUCAUUCAUAAUAUCCAGCCCCGUGAAUGCCAUUGAUCUAGAUCUCAGCGAUGAGCAGUCUAUCAAAAAUGCCGCCAGCACAACUAUCUACGCGAUGAUGACAUACUACAAAGGAAAUGAGACCGGGCAUAUCCCUGGAGCUUUUGCAAGUAAAUGGUGGGAAGGAUCGGCCCUCCUCAUGGCCUUGCUUCAGUACUGGCACUUCACUGGCGACACCACAUAUAAUGACGAGCUACGUGUUGCAUUAGAGUGGCAGUCUGGUGACGAUGGCGACUACAUGCCGGCUAACUACAGUAGCUACCUCGGCAAUGACGACCAAAUGUUCUGGGGACUUGCAGCGAUGAUGGCGGCCGAACUACAAUUUGCAGACUCUUCCACUGGAUUUUCCUGGCUUUCACUUGCCCAGGGUGUCUUCAACACCCAGGUCAACCGAUGGGACAUGAAUUCUUGCGACGGAGGAAUGCGGUGGCAAAUCUGGCCCUACGAGUCCGGCUACACGAUGAAGAAUUCAAUCUCAAACGGUGGUCUUUUCCAGCUAUCUGCCCGUCUUGCCCGUUACACUGGCUCGGAUACUUAUUCUAAAUGGGCAGAGAAGAUCUGGGACUGGACUUUGACUACGCCUUUGAUGAGCAACUCGACCUGGAAUGUUGCCGACUCUACAAACACCGAUAACGAUUGUGCCACUCAGGGAAAUACACAAUGGUCAUAUAACUACGGUACUUUCUUGAUGGGUGCCGCGUACAUGUACAACUAUACAAACGGUAGCCCCGUCUGGCUUACUGCCGUAAACGGCUUGAUGAAUCAAACAUUCGACCAUUUCUUCCCAGAAAGCAACGGUGGAAUCUUCGAGGAGGUCGUAUGUGAGCCGUCAGAGGUAUGCAAUGAUAACGAGAUACUUUUCAAAGGUCUUGUGUCUUCCUGGCUAGCAUUCACGGCUCUCUUGGUUCCAUCCACCUACGACACGAUUUUGGCCAAAUUACAAACAUCUGCUACAGCGGCUGCAUUAUCCUGCACGGGACACAACAACAACACAUGUGGUAUUCGUUGGUAUAAGUCCGAAUACGAUGGCUGGAUCGGAAUGGAAGAGGAGAUCAGCGCCUCAAACAUUUUUCUUGCAAACAUGAUCCCCUAUGUGAGCAAGUCGCCCGUUACUUCGAGCACUGGCGGGAACAGCACAAGCAAUCCGACGGCGGGCGAGAAUGACACCAGCUCUGAUACGACGUCAACAACAACCAUUACUACUGGAGAUAGAGCUGGUGCUGGUAUUCUCACUGCCAUUUUUAUCGCAGCGUGGGUAGCAUUGAUGGGCUGGACUGUAAUGGGUGGAUAG